CGCGUCUACACGUCAAACCGCCAUCUCCCACUUGACUGCUCGCUGCCUCGCAACUUUAUCGCCCCAGGCCAGUCGGGUGCCAGAAGUGAGGGAGAGGAAGUCUCAGGGCCUGUGUGUGUGUGUGGCUUGUGUGUGUCCAUGUCUCUCGCUACCUCACUGUGUCUUGUGACGCGACAGAACGAGUAGGGGAAAAAAACGUGUUUGUGCAACCUGUGUUCAGUGAAGUGGGAGAUAUUUCCUUUUUUUUUUGAAGGAAGAAAAAUCGAAAAGCAAAAGAUAAGAGAAAAAAUAUCAGAAUCAACAUGAUUCAAUUAGUGAAGUGAUCCGACCCGUUCGCAUCUCGCUUGCGUGCGAUGUGCGAGGCGAAGUGAAGCGAAGGACGUUCUCCCAGUCUCACGUGCCAGCAGAUGCGAGGCGAGAGCGAUGACAUAUCCAGCCGCGGUCGAGUGCCAACCUCAGGCGAGAAGGACUUGCGCGUGGCACCCAAAGUGGACAACCCUGGGGCGAUGCUGCCUCCUCCUGUGGGCGCUCUCGGGGCUUCUCGGAGCUCCUGCAGAGGCCUCAGACGACCUCCUGGACACCGACACCACCUCCUGGAGACCUACGACCACGAUGCCUGAGCCUCUGCCGGAGUGCAGCGCGAGGACGGAGGGGGACUGUCUGCACAGGGCGCCGCUGCCUUUGACUUGGAGCGACGCGCACGCCUACUGCCGCAGCCACGACGGGUUCCUGCCUUCCCAGACUCACCUGGACAAGCCCUGGCCUCUUCGUGGCUCCCUCACCUGGACGGCGCUGGCACCCCUUCACGGGCACUACCAGUGGCUCUCGCACUGCCCAGCAAACUCCGCAGCACCCAGUCGCUUCGUGAUGUGGGCGGAGCUGCCGAAGCUGUGGUCGCGGGACUGCAGCGCCCUGAAUGUCAGCACAGUCAUGUUCCAGCUCGUCCAGUGUUCGCUGCGUCUUCCCUUCGUCUGCGUUCUCUCUCGAGCCUCUAUCGAAACAGGUGAGAUCGACUACGAGGACGUGGAGCUUCGAGUGAGCGGGGACAUCCGAGGCACGCACAGCUGGCUAAAACUGGACCAAGAGAACGACGAGCCCCUGACGUGCGUCGCCGUCAGGAAGUCCACCGGAUUCCGGCUUGACCCUCAGCCGCCCGUCUUCUGGAGUAAGGAUGGGGUGUAUUUAGGUCACUGUGAUAACAGCAUGCAGCCAUCUACCGUCCACGACCCCACCAAGUCCGACUCCAUCCUUCCAGGAAUUUCGGAAAAGGGCGUCCAGGUCGUGCUGGGUCAGGGGACAGUAUGGUGUGAAAUGUGGGUCCCGCGUUCAACUUCACGCAUCACCAGUAACAAGGUUCUUGUCACACUAAAGGACUGGCUUGUUCUAAUCUUCAACGCCCACCUAGAAGAACCACCUGAUCGGACGGUUGAGGAUGCUAAGAAGUCGUUACAAGCAAUCUUUAGGAAACAGUUUGACAAUAUAUCCAACAAUAUACUAGAUCCAAUAUCAGUCGUCAAAAGACCAAGUUUAGAUGGACAAAAAAUGUUUGCUAAUUAUAGUUUUCAUCUACAUAUACCGAAAAAAGAUUUAAUUAGUUUGUAUGAUAAGACACUAAGACACUUUAAAAUAAAGACUGACACAUACAACAAAUCUUUCAGGAAAAAUCAGAAUCGUGGAUAUUUAAAUACAUCUCAUGUAGCUUUUCCACUGUUUUGCCUUGAACAUAAAGAAAUUUUAGAAGAUGGGAGAGAAAUAGAAUGGCCAUUCACGGAAGUCGGUUAUGUUUUUCCAAAGCAUUGGAAGUGCAAAGUCAAAUAUGGAAAGCUGUCUCCUGGUGUGUGUAUGUGGAACUACACCCAUGGGGCACGUAUACAGUUCGACUCUUCACAGUGCACAUGGACCGACCUCUGCCCAGAAGGAUACACAGCUGCAUCGAAAAAGCACUGUGUUAAAAUUUCAACACCUGACACAUGGGAUGCUGGGUUCAGUGCAACGUAUAAAACUAGUCUGGAAAAUAGCGUGCUAGAUAAGUCCUCCUUCAUGAAAAGAAUCAGAGGGAGAAAGUCUCUAUAUGAAGCUGUCCAGAAGCUGUUAAAUGAGAGCGGAAAUGGUAGCAAGAUAUGGUUGCCCACAAGGCGAAAACGGCCGCUUAGCCCUUUGUUGUUUAUGGGCCCAAACAAAACCGAAUUUACCCUUGACCCCAAGGAAUUCAUCUCAUGGGAGAGUGGUCAUCCUAGUAUUGAUUAUGAAUGCUUGGCUCUGGACACAAGCAAUAAUUCACUGCAGACUUCAAACUGUAAUACUCAUCUACCUUUUGUAGCUGUGAUUGAGAGCAACUUCCUUACAGAAAAGAUCAGCAAAUGGCCUUCGCUAAUAAAGGACAGCCCUUUAUGUCCGACGGGAUGGAAUACUACCAUAUUUAAGGGUAAAGACGAAACAUGCUUCAAGUUGUUCCAGGUCGUGAAAAAUCUUACAUGGCCUGAAGCCAGCCAGUUUUGUGAAGCCUUGGACGCACAAUUACCAACACCUGAUGUUGGAUUUCUGGACUGGGUUUAUCGCCAACACUUGUUCUUGAAUAACGUGUCAAAUGUCUGGAUGGGGGUUGAAUGGAGAAAUGAACGCCUCCUCUACAACGGUUCCGAAGAGAACCUGAACUGGAUAGCUGAUACAGACUAUUCACAACCUUAUGGCGUCCUGGCACAGAAUGGUUGGAAACUUCAGGGAAGAAGGGAAGGUAAACAUCACAUCCUAUGCCAGAAAAUAAUCACCCCGAGAAUAACAAUGCAGCUUCAAGUGCACGAGCCAGGGUCUGCAGGUUCACAGACCAUGUGUAUUGAUGCAGAACCUCAGACCCUCUUGGCUGAUGGGGAUUACAUCAACCCACGCUGUUAUGUCAACGGGGAAUUUACCCAUCAUGAGCGUACAGAAGAUUCUGGUUGCCAGUACGAGCUGAAAUUGAGUAGCCAGGGUUACUACCAGUGCCAGGCUUGGUCUCAUCCACCCUUCUCAUUUGUGAAGUCAAAUGUUAUUCUGCACAGGGACCCAGCAACAUUCACCUUCGUCAUUACUCUCGUCCAGGAUAAACCUUAUGUUCCCCGGCGUCAUGACAGCUCCUUCAUGUUGACAAACAGAUCAAACAGGGAUUCUGAUACUUGUGCUGAAGUCUUCAUGGCAGAUUUGAGGAGUACCGACUUAACUGACAAAUUUCGAUUUACAGAUAAAAAUUUCUUCUACAUGCCAUCUGGUGCUGAAAUGAAGCUUGUGCACAAUUUCCAUCUUGAGUGUGAGAUUAAGAACACAAAUCGAUAUAUUGUGACAGAAAAUAUUUUGUUAAAGACUCUGCAUGAAAUGCUUCCUCUGGGAAAGACUUUCUCUGACUGCACACUUUUGGACCUCCGAAGUACACAAGGUUGUUUGAGGAAUGUUACGCGGAAUUUUGCCUCAGGCACCCCAAAAGAACUCACAUGGCCUUCUACAAAUGGAAAUGCCAUAGUACUUCCUGAACAAUUAUGCAUUACAGCAGAAGGGGAACCUGUCACACGAGAGUGCCUUGGAGAUUUCUUUAUAGGAUACUAUUGGGGUCCUCCAUCGAAUAAUUGCACGGGAGAUCCUUCAUACAUUACUCGAGAGCUCUGGAAGAUUAGCACAAACCCCAAACAUCUAAAUGAAUCAUCUGAACUGACCGUCCUUACUGCCAACAGCACUUCACUCCAGCCUGCUGACAUUCACUUCGUUGCCCAGACACUAGAUGCUUUCUCCAGAGAUGAAGAUAUUUCCAGUUUCGAUUUGGAAGACAUUGUUGGAGUUAUGAAUAACGUCAUGGCAGCAAAUGAAACUGCAUUCGAACCGGUUCAGUGGAAGUUAAAUUCUUCAAGCACUAUCCUUGAAGCUUUCGAAAAGAUGACAUUUAAGGUUCAGUUACCAAGAGAAAAAGGCGACCAGGCCAAAAAUUCCUCGAGAGAACUCAUAUCAGUUGAGCGACUAGAUCUUGAAGUAAACUCAACUAUCAUUGGUUACAAGUCGCGCCAGCUGUCCGGAAAGGAAGGGCACGGCGAGACACUAAUAAAGGGCGUCAAUGAAUAUGACCUCGAUGAUGCCGAUGCAGCUAUACUUCUUCCCAGCAACUUGACCUUUACUGUUGCUGGGGACUUAGGUCAAGGAAGGUCCGUGGAGAUAGAGGAAGAAAAGGUGCAGGUAACUUUCGCCGUUUACCGGAACGAGAAGUUGUUUCAGGAGAAUAUAACUAACUAUACAGUAAAUAGCCACAUCAUUCAAGCAACAUACAAAGGAAAGGUUGUCAAAGACUUACAAUACCCAAUUAAAAUCUUAUUUAAACCCCUGAAGAAUGGAAAUGAUACUGUUUGUGUGUACUGGGAUUUUGCCAGAAAUAGUGGAAAAGGUGGCUGGUCAAGCGAGGGAUGCUGGCCGGGGGAGCGAGAGAAAAAUCACGACAUUUGCUACUGCAAUCACCUCACUUCCUUCGCCCUGCUUAUAAAUUAUGACGAAAACAGUAGCUUCCCGGGCCUUCACGGCCAAAUUCUCGAUAUCAUUACUAUCAUUGGUUGCUGCCUGUCCAUUUUUGGCCUCCUCUUGGUUUUUACAACGUUCUUCCUCUUCAAGAAAUGGCGCCGCUCACUGAGUAACAAGAUUCUAGUAAAUCUGUCGUUUUCGGUGUUCUGCAGCAUGGUCAUCUUCCUCGCUGGGAUCGACCAGACGUGGGACGUGACGCUGUGCCGCGGUGUGGCCGUCGGCCUCCACUACUUCAUCCUGGCCUCCUUCGGCUGGAUGCUGGUCGAGGCGGUCCAUCAGUACCUGAAGUUUGUCAAAGUUGUGGGCACCUACAUUCCGAGAUUCCUGUGGAAGGCAUCCGUGUGUGCGUGGGGCACGCCUGUCCUGCCGAUAUUAGUAGUGCUGGUAAUUGACAGUUCAUUGUAUGAUUACAAUGCGGAUAAAAACAAUGACGUUCGUAUCUGCUGGAUGUCGGUAAACGCUUUUAAAUACGCUUUUCUUCCUCCUCUUGUGCUCACUAUGACUGUGAACUUAAUCAUGUUCAGUUUGAUCAUCCACGGGGCCGUGUGUGGCCGAGCGAGAGUUAAUUCCACGAUGUCGGAACGAACGCUGUUCAUGAAUCAGCUCCGCAUGGCCGUUUGCGUGUUCUUCCUGCUGGGCUUCACGUGGAUCUUCGGCCUCCUCGCCAUCAAGGAACUCCGCCCCGUCUUCUCGUACUUGUUUUGCAUCUUCAACACUCUUCAGGGCUUCUUCAUCUUCCUGUUCCACGUGUGCCGCGAGCGCAGCGCCAGGAGGAUGUGGAGGGACUUCCUCUCCGUCCUGACGAAGGACCCAGUGUCCUCCUCGCCAGGGAACUCCUUCAACCCGGUCCACUCAGGGCACCACCGCGGCCACCCAGACAGCGUGUCCUUCGACAAGUGCGGCGGGAUCCUCGUCCUCCCGCGCGGCCCCCCCAUCCGCUCCCACCUCAGGUCGUCCCACCGCACCAGCCUCCUGUCGGCGCGCACGGCUUCCACGCUCAUCCCGUCCUCGCGCGCCAGCCUCAACCCCUGAAGCGCCUCAGGGGAUCAUCUUCGAAAUGCUAGUGCCAAGUUCAAAGACAAUAGCCUAUCUUGUGUCAGAUUUUUUACGUUUGUAUAAAAGAAAAUAACUAUAAUUAUGGUAUAUGUAUGGGGCUUAGGAUGUCUAUGAAUACAGUGAGCUCUUGAAGACAAUAUUUUCUAUAAGCAUCCUGGCCAUUGGAUUUCUUUACUCGAGACUUAUUUGUACUUAAUGCCGGUGUCUCCGUUAUGUGUUAAAUGUACAAGCUGUGUAAUGUAAGUUAUUUAUACCACCGACUUUUCUAGGUAAAUCAUUAAUACUCACCGAAUACAGUGACUACCGUUUGUAAAUAUUAGUUAUAAGCUGAAAAAAUAUUCUAAUCAUUAUUGUAUAUACAUAUUUGUAAUUUUUUAUAUAAAUAUUGAAUAUAAAUAUUUUUCAUUAAACCAUGAGGAUUGUCCUUGAGAAUGUUGAUUUUAUUACGCCCAUCAUCAGGAUAAUGAUA